AUGAAAAUUUCCUUACCAAUAUACAGAUAUUCCAAUGAAGAAUUAGCUGAACUGGAUGAAGGACAAUCAGUACAGACCGAGCAAUCCAAGAAAGAAGGAAAGGAUAUUGAUAUUAUCCCUCUGUACUGCGCGAUAUUAGGUGCAGUGGUCGUAGGCCUACUUGGUUAUGUGAUAAUGGUUCACUACCGCCGUAUCAAGGAAAAACGACUGAUCAGAGAACCCCAUGAUGAUGUGGAAUAUUCCAAAGCCUCGGCCGGGGAUUCUGGAAUCUGUGUUGAGGUCGACCACCAGCAAAAGAUUACUCCAGGUUUUUCCACAAAGAAAAUAGCCAACUGUGAACUGAAAUCUCAGAGGGACUCAACAACUCCUUUAAAACAAUUACUGACUGAAUGGAGUCGAAACGAGGCGGCCACAGUCGGUAUUCUCAUACAGGCCAUGAAAAACUUGGGACGCCAUGAUGUUCUCCCAGCGCUAAAUGUGUAUAACAGUGCUGAGUUACGGCCCUUGAUGCCUCAAAGUAAUAUUGUGUGAUGUUCAUAGUCCCUUAUUUAUAAAAUCCAAUGGAAAUAUUUGAAAGUUCUUGUGAUGAAAGUGACCCCCGUGUUAAAGGGGGGGUGUGGCAGUAUUGAGAUUCGUGGGAAACAUUGCAGAGAGUCUACACGAUUUCGUUAGAAAUAGUUAACUCUUGGCAAUCUAAACUAUCCAGGCCAAAGCACGCGUAAAUCCAAAACAAGGUCAAAGCACGUGUAAAUCCAAAACCAGGCCGAAACACGUACAAGGUUUAAACCAGGUCAAAGUACAAUGCUAAAACUAGGCAAAAGCACGCGUACACAUCAGACAUAACAGACUGAAUUACCGUGUUUGCUCUUACCAACCGUGUUUUUGUGUGAAUAAGUUUUUUUUUAAGAAUUAUCUUUCUAAUAUGAAAUGAAGCUGUGACUGAUUGAAGAUUGUUGUUCUGUUGCUUCAGAAUGAUAUUAUGCAUUAAGUGAUAACCUAUGACAAGUUAUUUUGAAUUACCUUUGUGAAGUCAAGAUAAUUCUCUUGUGACAAUUUUCAUUACCAUGAACGGUAACUCUGUUUUGACAUUUUGAAUUUUUGAAAUUUAAAUUGCUCCAUGAAUUUUAAUCGUCAUCAAGGGCGAUAAACUAAGUUGUCCAAAUUUGAAAUGGACAAGAAUAAUAACUCUGUGAUGACAUUUGGAUUUAAGAACGGUAACUCUUGAUAGCCUGCGAAUAGCAAAGAACGAUAACUGUGCAGUGAUUAAUCUUAAAGAGCGAUAAUUCUGAACUAGACAAUUUGAAUUGCAAAGAACAACAACUCUCGCUACUUAAAGAAUUUCUAAAAUUCGAUUUAUAAGAACGGUAGCUAACUGUGCUGUGACAGAUUCUAAGAACUCUAUUGAACCUAAAGGACUAUAUUAUUUGUGUAUAUAUUGGGUAUUUAUCGUGUAUACAGAAACUAUUAUUAUUAUUAUUAUAUUUUACUCGCUCAAAGCGUCACUAAAGACAUACCGGGGUUGUCUUUUGGAAAGUUUCUAGAAUCACAUCCAUGUUUUCAUUAAAAAUCAAACUCU